UGAUAUUUUUAUUAUAUAUUAUCAUUUCUUUUCCUGAAAUUUUCCAUUUUAUUUAUUUAGAGGUUCCUUUUUUCUUUGCAAAAACCCUAAAAUUCAUUCGUCUAAGAGAGAAAAUUUAUCUUCUUUUUCUUGUGAAAUUUUUAGGGAUAUUGCAUGUAAUUUUUGGGAUUUUUAAGGUUUAAUCUCCAUUGAAAAAGCUCUGGCAUUUCUCUGCUACAGUGUUGGGUUUCAGCUGCAGAAUUGUUGAAGAAAAAAGUUUGGUGAAUUUCAGGAGCAGAGUUUUUUUUGCAAUUUUGGGAAAUUUGUGGGUAAUAAGAAAAUGGAGGAGAAGGGUGGAAUAAGUCCAAGUGGGGUCGUCACAGUUAAGGAAGAUGAAGCUUUGGUUCCAAGAACAGAGUUUCAACAAAACCCUAGCUUUCUCCAAUUCGUGAGUCCCACGACGGUAGUGUCUCCUCUGCCUCUUCCACCAGCUCCGUCUCCGGCUCCGGUACCAGCCACCGUGACUCCUGACUCAGCCGCAGCAUCGACCGGAUCAGAUCCGACGAAGAAGAAGAGAGGAAGACCGAGGAAGUACGCACCAGAUGGAAGCCUGAACCCUAGGUUUUCGAGACCAACUCUGUCUCCAACUCCAAUCUCAUCUUCGAUUCCAUUGUCUGGAGAUUAUCAAUGGAAACGAGGCAAAGCUCAGCAGCAGCAUCAGCCUCUUGAAUUCGUCAAGAAAUCUCACAAAUUUGAGUAUGGAAGUCCAGCUCCUACUCCUCCUCCUCCUGGGCUCUCAUGUUACGUGGGUGCAAAUUUUACAACCCAUCAAUUUACUGUCAAUGCCGGUGAGGAUGUAACAAUGAAGGUUAUGCCGUAUUCGCAACAAGGAUCUCGAGCUAUCUGCAUUCUUUCUGCAACUGGUUCGAUCUCUAAUGUCACUCUUGGUCAGCCUACCAAUGCAGGUGGCACUCUUACAUAUGAGGGUCGAUUUGAGAUACUAUCGCUAUCUGGUUCCUUUAUGCCUACUGAGAAUGGAGGAACAAAAGGUCGGACUGGUGGGAUGAGCAUUUCUUUAGCUGGACCAAAUGGCAAAAUCUUCGGUGGUGGCCUUGCCGGUAUGCUUAUAGCAGCCGGUCCUGUUCAGGUGGUAAUGGGAAGUUUCAUUGUGAUGCAUCAAGCAGAACAAAAUCAGAAGAAGAAACCGCGAGUUAUGGAAGCUUUUGCUCCACCACCGCAACAACCACCACAACUGCAACAACAACAACCUCCUACUUUCACCAUAACCACUGUGAAUUCAACUUCUCCAGCGACCGUAGAGGAGCCGAAACAACAACCCUACGGUGGUGGUAUAGUGAGACCGAUGGCUCAAAUGUCUUCUUCUUUCCAAAACGAGAAUUCAACUAUGAACAAUUUCACACCGCCCUAUCACGGAUACGGGAAUAUGAACACGGGCACUAACAAAGACGAACAUGAAGACGACGAUGGUGGUGAAGAUGAUGAUUCGGGCGAUACUAGGAGCCAAUCUCUUAGUGGUUGAGCAAUUCUCGGAUUAAAGUCAGAAAGUUUUCUUGUGUAGAAAGGAAGGGAGCUUAAAGGAUUCAGCUUUUCUUUGGUUUUUUAGAGGUUUGUCUUAGUUGUGUGAGGGUUUUCUUCUUUUGAGUGUUUUUUCUAAUUUCUAGCAGUUUUUUUCUUUCUCUGUGAUCGGUUUAGAUUUAAUUAUGUCGAAUUCAUAGACUAAACGAUGUUCUUAUUGUUGAGGUCAUUGGGAUUAAAAUUUAGUAAGACUAUUGUUAUAUGCUUCA